CACUCACCAAUGGUAACAUCACGUGAGUGCUUCUGGACCCUCUCAGGCACCGCUCCGCACUCACGUUCGAACGACAACCGAUCAAAACCCUCUCAUCACCGAACCAAACCAACUUUCGCCAACCGUUUUAAAUUUUGUUUAACCUCGUCGGCUUGCUUAUUGCAGUAAAAAUCAAACAAAUAAACAAAAACGAAUCAAAUCAUAUUUCCUUAAUAGUUUGCAAUCCUACAUAUUUUCAUUUCAGAUCUCGUUUCUUCUUUCUUCUUAUUCGCUUGCGAAUUUGGAGCCAAACCCAGUUGUUAAUUUCUCGGAUCUGGGUUUUUGUGUUCUUCGUCUCCUUGUUGUGACAUUUCUGGAAAUGGGUUCUCUAUUUUCGGGCUGAUUUCGAUGUAACAUGGAUUUUAGAUUGAAACUGAAGACACCCAGUUCGAGAAACCGUUGGAUCUUGAGUGUGUUUGAUGGGACUUGAUUGUGUGUAAGGAAAAAGAAACCAAAAAUUAAAAAAAAAAGAGUUGUUUUUUUUUUUUUUUCUUGUGGAGUAUUUUGUUGAGGUGAUUUUUAUUGGGAGGGUUUUUGUGAAAAAAAAAAAAAAACAUGUUUUGGAGGGAACGUGAGAGGGAGAGCAAAGAGCAAAACGGAGGACCGCCCUGUGGGCAGGUUCGAGUACUUGUGGUUGGGGACUCAGGCGUUGGGAAAACAUCUCUUGUGCAUCUGAUUCUCAAAGGUUCUUCUACCGCUCGCCCUCCACAAACAAUUGGAUGUACAGUUGCUGUAAAGCACACUACUUACGGAAAUGCUGGUAGCUCUUCAAGCAGCAUCAAAGGCGACAGCGAAAGAGAUUUUUUCGUUGAGCUUUGGGAUGUUUCAGGACAUGAAAGAUACAAAGAUUGUCGAUCACUUUUCUAUACACAAAUUAAUGGUGUUAUUUUUGUUCAUGAUCUUUCUCAAAGGAGGACAAAAACUAGCUUGCAGAAGUGGGCAACUGAGAUUGCUUCAACUGGGACAUUUUCGGCUCCUCUAGGAUCUGGAGGACCUGGGGGCCUUCCUGUUCCGUAUAUUGUUAUUGGUAACAAAGCCGAUGUUGCAGCAAAAGAGGGCACAAGAGGAAGUAGUGGAAACCUUGUUGACGCUGCUCGUCAGUGGGUUGAAAAGCAGGGUCUGCUCCCAUCCAGUGAGGAACUUCCACUUACGGAGACUUUUCCUGGUUCCGGACGUCUCCUUGCGGCUGCAAAGGAAGCAAGAUAUGACAAGGAAGCCGUGAUGAAAUUCUUCCGAAUGUUGAUCAGGAGAAGGUACUUUGCAGAUGAAUUACCUGCUCAAAACUCGUGGUCCAUCUCUCCAGUUCAAAGACCUGUUCAGCGAUUGGAUGAUAAUUCAAGUGAUGACGAUUACAAGAAUACUAGUGUCCGCAGCGAUCCAUACAAAUACAACAUGCUUCCUCCUCUCCCAGCUCAACGCAAUCUCACUCCACCCCCGACACUCUACCCUCAGCAGCCGGUUUCGGUUUCUGAGAACUAUAGCCUGCCUAGAUUUGCUCUGAAUGGUUCCGCCGAAGUCAGCAGUACCGCCCGAUCAAGACGCUCAGAUAUUAACGUCUGAUGGGGUUGAGUCUUACAGUUUAUAUUCACAUUUCAAGAAGACAAAGUACGUAAUUUUUUUGUUUUUUUGUUUUUGUUUUGGCCUUUGAUAAAUUGUCUAUAAUGAUGAAAAUGUUCUGAUGUUCUUUUGUUUGUUCAUUGGAAUCUGCUACACUGAUUCUUUCAAUCUACAAGCCCCUCAUUGUAAGUGGUACAUGCUCUAGCACUCUGUUUGGACUAGAAUUUAUAAUGAUUGAUUUGUUCAACCCGAUAAUACGGGCAAUUCUUUUAAACCAAACAACGCUUGCUGUUGUAUUUGUUUUCUCAUUUCUCGAUCGAAAAAGUUUCCAAGUUCAAGGCUUCGA